GCGAGGCGAGCUAACCCCGGUCCGCCCGCCCGCACCAUACCGCGCAGUCCAAGUCCGCCUAGGCUGGCCAACCCAACCCAAACCAGCAGCGGUCGAGCUCGAGCCCAGUCCACCGGAAACCCCCACAACCCUAGCCACCCUCCCGACUCGAGCCGAUCCGAUCGGUCGAUCCCCCUCCCACCCUUGACCCUCCUCCUCCGACCCCGAUCCGAUCCGAUCCGAUCUAAUGUUCCCCACCGUCGACGACCCCUCCGCCGCCGGCGCCAUGGUCUCCUCCUCCUUCCCGGACGCCGACGCCUACGGCAACGGCGACUCCGACGACCUCGACUUCCCCGUCGACCCCCACCCCACCCCCGUCUUCUCCUCCCCCGCCGCCGCGCCGGCCUCCGUCUCCGCCGCGCCGCCGCCCGGGGCCGGGGCCGGGGAGCGCCGCCCGCUCUUCCAGCGGCUGUGGACGGACGAGGACGAGAUCGUCAUCCUGCGCGCCUUCGCCGAGUUCACCGCGCAGCGGGGCACCUCCUUCGCCUCCCACCAGUACGACACCACCCCCUUCUACGAGGACAUGCGCCGCCGCCUCCACACCGGCUUCACCAAGAACCAGCUCGUCGAGAAGAUCCGCCGCCUCAAGCGCAAGUACCGCAACUGCGUCGAGCGCCUCCGCGUCGCCGGGGCCGCCUUCACCUUCCGCUCCCCGCACGAGCAGGCCAUCUUCGAGAUCGCGCGCACCAUCUGGCGCCCCGACUCCGACAAGCACGGCCGCGACUCCGACGACGAGGCCGCCGCCAACGCCCACGACGGGCCCCUCGCCCUCGACGCCAACGGGGAGUCCACCAAGUCCCCCACCUCGAGGCCCCGCCGCGGCGGGCGCCGCCGCCGCACGGGCGACUUCCCCGCCGACGCCGACGCCGAGACGCUCGCGCUGCCGCCGCCGCCGCCCAUGCCCGUCAUGGCGGAGGACGCGCUCCCGUCCUUCCCCGCGGCCGGGAUGCCGGCCAUGGACGCCGGCGUCGGCGUGGGCAGCAUCAGCAUAGACCCCUCAGCCGGGCUGCCAGCCGCGAUGUCAGCGGCCGCGGCGGCCGUAACCGGCGGCAGCACCGCUGAAAACCCCAUCCUGUCGGCGCUGUUCAAGGAGAUGGUCCGCGCGAUGCUGAGCAUCGGCGGCGGCGUCACCGCGGCGCCGCUGGGGCUGGAACCGCCGCCAGCCAUCGCGGGCAUGCCGAUGGAAGGGGAGAAGUGGCGGCAGCAGCGGAUCCGGGAGCUGGAGGUCUACCUGCGGCGGAUCGACCUGCUGCAGGACCAGGCGAGGGCGGCGCUGGAGGAGCUCAGGUCCGCGCCAGCGGCGCGCGGCGGCAUGAACACAUGAUCGCUCACCUCUGUUCAGCUUGCACCUUCCUGCAGAUAGCAUCGUCCAUAAGAAAUGAUCAUUUUUACUGGUAGAUUUGUCUUAGGCUUGAGCAGCAGCAGAUGGGUUUUGCUCCUUAAUUCUGAUUAUCUGUCUGUCAGACUAGCCGCUUCGUCGUUCUUAUUUAUAUAUAACUUAUAUAAAGAUUGUCCUAUCGUGCCUUA